UACCAGUCGAUUCCACGUUGUGGUGAAUGAUUUAGUGAAUGAUAGGUGUGGCUUCCUUAAACUAUGCCUUCACCGUGUUAUGUCGAAACUUAAUCGCCUCCUAAACUUUAUAUACCAACACAUGAUGAAAGAACAAUACUUGUUACAAACAAUUGGCUCUAAACCACUCACAUUAAGGAAAUGUUGUGUAUAUAUUAGAAAAGCCUUUUACCCACUCUGCCUUAUUGCUAGAAACCAAAACACUUACCCAAACCAUCUCCUGGACUCCUACGGGUUGAAUUCCGAUCCUGCUAGAUUCCUUUCCUAGACGUACAAUGGACCAGAUCUCUGGCGUUUCCGAUGUGGAAACAAUCUCCGAGACGACCAAAUGGCUCCGAGAACUUAUCGAGAGAAAAAAGAAUGGCAAACAAGUUAUAAGUCCAUUUACGGAGGAGAGAGCGAGACAGAUAAUGGUCAGUUUGGAGGACAUAAGUGAAGAUCUCGACUCCGUAGACACACCGGCGGUCAUUGCAGUACGAAACAAUUUAUCGCGGCUUAAAGCUGAGAUGUCCCGUCGAAUUCAAACAGAUUUCAAGUAUGCCGAGUGCCGGGAGAAGCUUGAAAAGGUAUCCAAGGACGGCUUUUACUUGCGGUUUGGUGAUUACUUCGCCAAUGCGGUCGGGGACCUGAGGAAAGUGGCAGUCGAAGUCUCGAAGGAGGCUAAGAAGAUGCAAAAGAAGGCGAGGAAGCGGAAGGGGGGAGAACUGGCCUGCCCAUCUUCCGAAGCUGAAGCAAUAGAAUUAUUUCUAUCACAACCAUGGAGUGAGAUAGACAGAAUCCUCACUGAUGAGGAAAAUUUGUUGGAGUCAUCUCCAAAAGACCCGAUAACGCCGAUGUCUGAUCUUGUCCAGACCCUAGCUCUCACGGCUAAACUUUUCGACCGCAAAAGUGUGAGGGUGGCCAUAGCCAUGUAUGCCCGGAGAAAUGACCUCGUCCACCGACAUUUGGCCGAGUUAGCAAAGGCUGGGAGGUAUUUCACACUAGCCUCAAGGAUAAGAGACGACCUGAGAGCCCUUCUUCUUCAAAAAUACAUUACGCCGGAAGAGAAGGAGACAACCCGCGUCGCCAUCUUAAAGUUAGCCGACCGGUAUUUCGAAAAAUUUAAAAUAAACGAACAUAAAUACGAAGUCAUGACUUUCCGGGAAUGGCCGAUGGGAAAGGAUGGGAGACCUAUCCGAAAAAAGAAACUAUUGGAUUGA